AUGGCCUUUGCCGACGCCUACCCAGGCGACUCGGACGCAGAUGAUGAGUAUGAGCGAAGUGUAGUGAUAUCACCCCACCUUGCCGAGGACUCCGAGGCCUCUCCUACAGACUCUGAAGGCCCUUCGACUGAGAACACUCCUACAUAUGGGAAGACGGAUGAUCGUAUCUCACCCAAGGCUGUCAUAACCGAUUGGACAGCGGAGGAGUGUGCCAAGUUCGUCGGCAGUCUGGGUCUGCUACAGUAUCGUGAAGCGUUUCUGGAAAACGAAAUAGUCGGAGAGGCCCUCAUAGCUCUAAAACAUGAUGAACUAAAGGAACUCGGCAUAUCCAGUGUCGGGCAUCGAUUGACCAUCCUGAAAAAUGUAUAUGAGGCCAAAGUGAAGCAAGGCGUACCUAUAGACCCUGACCACUAUGUCCCUCUAUCGGCGGAUAAGAGUAGCACAAAAGAUGCAGCUACUCAAGAUGACAUUGCCCUCCUCAUACAAUCCAUCAGACGGCGAGAUGACAGACUCAUGGCCGCGGAAGCCGAGCUACGAAAGCUCGCAGAUGACUACCGAAGACUGCGUGAAGAAUUGCUGCCAGUCUUUAAAAUCGCAAAGGAUAAAUCAGCGCCCUUACCGUAUCAACCCCCUUCGACAGUAUCCUAUGGUGGAUCCACCGCCGCCCUAUCUGAAUCAUAUACACACGACCCUGCUACUUCACCUUCAUUCCUCGGCCAAGAGAAAGCUGGAAGUGGCCUCACUCGAACAAUAUCUAGGAAGCUUUUUGCCGGCGGUUCAACUCCAAAGACCAACUCCCCUACUCAUAUACCACAGGCUAUACCUGAAGGAAGGGCAUUCGCAGAUUCAUCCACCCUUGAUCCUUCAGCAGCUGCUAUGGCAGCAUCUUCUCAUCUCACAGCCUCCAUGACAGGUGGCCAGCCCUCUCCUAAGGGCAUGCCAUCACCCACUUCUCCGAACAGUUUCUACACUCAACAAACUCUUGCAUCACGGUCGUAUUCCCGAGACCCUCCAUCCUCCACCAACAACCGUACCGCUUACGAUCACUCUGAAGAUUCACAAGGACAAAGACAAGAUCGGUCCGGUAACAACCAAACCUCAAACUCUUCAAGUCGGCAAGACCAUCCUGCCAUAUCCACUUCCAGGAAUGGGGGAUCUGGUGGCGGUGGGAAUCAAUCAUCUAGCAACGCGCAAAAUUCUUCAGACUCUGGACCCAGUGUCGAGAUAUUCAAAUCCUUCCGUGUCUCAAUGGACGAUCCUUGCUAUAAAGUUCUUCCAGCUGCUCUUAAGAAAUAUAACAUCCAUGAAGACUGGAGGCUAUAUGCCCUAUAUAUUGUCUACGGCGACCAAGAACGAUGCCUAGCGCUCGAAGAAAAGCCCCUCAUUUUAUUCAAACAGCUUGAUAAAGACGGACGGAAACCAAUGUUUAUGCUUCGACGGCAGACACAGAUGGUAGACGGGCAGGUCCCAGGUAUAUAUACCAGCAGCGGAACUACAAUUGGCUUCCCUCCCAGCGGCAGUGCCUUUGACCCUAGUACGAAUAACAACACAUCCAUCACUCUAGGUGGGCUACCCUCGGGAGGUUCCGGUGGCCAACCAAGCGCCAGUUUAAGAUCUCAACCUCCACAACAAAAUUCCAUACAAUUGCCUGGCGGAGUUUUAUAG